AAGAUCACAGCCAUACAAAACAAUUCAUUCUCUUAUUUUUUGUUGGUGCCAAAGUAAUUUGCGAUGAUGAGAUCAGCUAUGCCAAUGGCGUCUCUCAAACUCGUCACCCACUUCCUCUUUCUGCUGCUUCUUGCCAUUUUCUUGCUCUCGUCGUCAGUGCUCUCCGAUGGCGAGGAAGAGAUUGUUCUUCAAGGCCUGAACAGUUUCAGAACAGCCAGGGGCCUGCCAGCACUCACAAUUAACGAAAAUGCAGCAUGCCUCGCUGACAGAUUUGCAGACCAGAUACUAGAGGACAUGACAUGUUCUGCAACCGCUCCUUAUCAGUUGCAGAAUUACCCUGGCGUCCUCGCUUACUGUGGCGUGGACGUUAAUCAAACUAGAGAAGGUGCAGUUAUGCCGGUUUGUGCACCCCAAUUGGUUCCAAAUAAUCUUCUUUCCAAUUAUACACGCUCAUUUCAAUAUACCAGAUACUUAAGUGAUGCCAAGUUCACCGGUGCUGGACUUGGCACUGAGGACGACUGGAUGGUGGUCAUUUUGACCACCAACACUCCCGGUGGUAACUUCGGCUCCGACGAGAACACCUUCAUUUACAAUGAUCCGAUACCACAAGUAGCUGAAGCUAAGCAAGCAAGUGCAAGUGACGCAGUCGAUCUUUUCAAAUCACUCAAUUGUCACAGAGCAUUUCUAGACCUUCCAACUUUCGUCCAGAACAAAGAAACAGGAUGUCUUGCUGGUGAAAUUGCUCAGAAACUUGGGAACCAACCAUGCAACGACGGCAAUGGCAGCUUCAACCCUCGUCAACUAGACCAUUAUCCUGAACUAUUAUCAAAGUGUAACACUAACAACAUCACUGUAGGUGGCGUUGUCUUGCCUGUUUGCGUACCCCAGUUGGCUCCAACCACAGUUUUCACUAACUACACCCGCACUGACUACGCCAAGUAUAUAAAUGAUUCGAGUUUUACUGAAGCUGGACUUGGCUCUAAGGGCGAUUGGAUGGUGGUUGUUUUGAGCACAAGCACUUCUCAAAACACCACAGGACCUGCAAGGGACUUUGCAUUAGGCAACGUUUUGAUUUCUACCCAGAACGGACAGGUUACCGGAGCCGCCAAUAGUUUGGUUUCCAUGGAUGGUUUUGGUCAUUGCUUGAUGUCUUUCUUGCUGGGGAUGCUUGUUUAUGGUGGAGUGGCUUUGGCGUGGUGGUAAAUGCUUGGCAGAGAACACUCUUGUCUUACUGGUUUCUGUCUCAUCUUCCUAUAAAUUAAAGCGCACUGACUGCAUGUGACUGGUUGUUAUCAAUAUUUAUACGUACUCGUGUACGUAUUUCAAUUGUGUAUUUGUUAUAUAUAUAUAUAUAUAUGGAGUUUAUAUGUACGUAUUUGUAUUUGUAUUGGUAUUUGUAUUUAGAUACAUGCAGUUUGUACGUAUAUAAAUAAUGA